AUGGCACAAAAUAAGAAGCAAUCACAAUCAGAAGAGCAGCUGCAAGAGUCUCCUGUAGCGAGCAAAACCGUUAAGGAAGUGAGGGUGCCCUCAAUUGAGAAACCUCCUGUUGUUAAGAAACGACGUAGAAGCUCAAGUACAAGUGGUAUGGCUUCUCCGACUAGCAUGUUUAAACCUGCACUGACUGAACGACAGCAGCUGGCAUUACUUCUACAAAUGACUGACCCUCAGAAGCAAAGUCCAGGUGGUAGUACUGCUGCUAGCAUUGAGUCAUCUCCUCGAGAUACUCCAGUAAAAGGUCGCAUUCAUCGACGCAAUGAAAGAGGGGAGACUCCCCUUCAUUUAGCAUGCAUACGAGGUGACGAGUCUGCCGUCUUAUCUCUGAUUGAACAAGGAGCUGAUGUCAAUGCAACUGAUAAUGCAGGUUUGUUGAUGGAGAAAGGAGCUGACAUUACUAUUGUUAAUGCCAAAGAGAAGACUCCAUUGGAUCUUUGUCGAGAAGAGGGAAUACGUGCAUUGCUCUUAAAGUCUGUUAAACAUGAUCAAGAUGUUAGAAGAACUGAAAAUGGACAAGAUGAAGAAAAGGAGGUAUUUGCUGAAGACAAAGUAGUUACCAAGAAAGAAAUUAAUGUGGAACCUUCCUCGUGUCCUCAUAUUAUUAUUCAAACACCUCCCUCUCAGACCCUUGCUCGAUUUCCUCGACAAAAACAGGGCCGACGUGCCGAGACUCCGCCUGCUAGAUUACAUGCUUAUUAUUCUCGUGGUCGUGGUCAGAAGAAGAAACCAAACUCAAGAGGUAGUUUCUAUAGCGAUGUUUCAUCAAGUGAAAGUGAAGCUGACCAUCUAGAGACUGAAAUAAGUCACUUGAGACCACACCCACCUAAAAUAAUUAAAUUGACGUCUAUUUCUGAGGCUGAUGAUAGUCUAACUGAAAGCCCUGUACCAGAGAAAACUAAUAUGUCUGUAAUACUUACCGAAGAGGCUGAACAGAAAGAAUGUAAUAUGGUAGUUGAUGUAAAAAUUGAUGUCACGACUAUUCAGCCAUCUUUAGAAUUAGAUGACAAAGAUAUUGUUAUAACACCUGAUCUAGGUCAGGUGUCCAGUUCUUCAGUAUUAGAUCAGAGAGAUCUCGACGAUAGAAAUAAUGGGAAAAUAGAGGAUACUAUUAAAGAUGGAGAUGAAAAUAUAUGUAAAAGUGAAGAAGUACUGCUGACUAAUGGCGAGAGAGUUGAAGACAACACUCAAGAUUUAUCAGAAACAGUAUCCAUGGAAACAACUAACUCAGAUGCUAAAGAUGUUAGGAGUCCUUUGAUCUUAUCAGAAGCACAAGAAGUAGUGUCUUCUCUUGUUGUCAGUAUUAUGCUCAAUGAAGUCACUCUUAAGAUUGGAAAUAUAAGUAAUGAUACCCUCAAAGAUCCAACAUCUAAAAAGACAGACUUUCAAGAGACGUCAGAACCAACUGAAUCGUCAUUACUCACUAGAAAUGGGUCUGAGGAUGUUACAAGUCCCAAUAUUGAUAGUUCGUCCCCUGUGACUCGAAGUGUAUCUGUAGUUAGUGGAGCUGUACGUAGAGUUUCUAGUAUUGAUGAUGAAAGUGCAUGUAGUGAAUUCCCAGAGCUUCCUUCAACUUUCCAAGAGAUAUUGAUACAAAGGGAAAGUAAUGUCCUCGUUGAUGACGAUGAUAAUGACUCUUGCUCAACUGUUGUCUCUUUUUUCAACGUCUCUACUCUUGUGUUUGGUUCUCGUACUCCCUCUCGUUCUCAAAGUCCAGUCGCUCUCUGUCUCCACCUCCAUUAA